AUGACUGGGAGCCAGUGCAGGUUUGGUUUCCCAUCACCAAUUUUUCUUGGAAUUGGACAGAUGGCAGCUACCAUAAUGAUACUGUAUGUGUCCAAACUAAAUAAAAUAAUUCACUUCCCUGAUUUUGACAAGAAAAUUCCCGUGAAGCUGUUUCCUCUGCCUCUCCUCUAUGUUGGAAACCACAUAAGUGGAUUAUCAAGCACAAGUAAAUUAAGUUUGCCGAUGUUCACCGUGCUCAGGAAAUUUACCAUUCCACUUACUUUACUCCUGGAAACCAUCAUACUUGGGAAACACUAUUCCUUGAACAUCAUCGUCAGUGUUUUUACCAUCAUACUUGGUGCUUUCAUAGCAGCUGGUUCUGACCUUGCCUUUAACUUGGAAGGCUAUAUUUUUGUAUUCCUGAAUGAUAUCUUCACAGCAGCAAAUGGAGUUUAUACCAAACAGAAAAUGGACCCAAAGGAGUUAGGCAAAUAUGGAGUGCUUUUUUACAAUGCCUGCUUCAUGAUUAUACCAACUCUUAUCAUCAGUGUCUCUACUGGAGACCUUCAGCAGGCUACUGAAUUCAAUGAAUGGAAGAAUGUUCUAUUUAUCAUACAGUUUCUUCUUUCCUGUUUUUUGGGGUUUCUGUUGAUGUACUCCACAGUUUUGUGCAGCUAUUACAAUUCAGCCCUCACGACGGCAGUGGUUGGAGCCAUCAAGAAUGUAUCCAUUGCCUACAUUGGGAUGUUAGUUGGUGGAGACUACAUUUUCUCUGUGUUAAACUUUGUAGGGUUAAAUAUUUGCAUGGCAGGGGGCUUGAGAUACUCGUUUUUAACUCUGAGCAGCCAGUUAAACCCUAAACAAUCUGUGGACGAAGAAAGCAUCCCUCUGGAUUUAAAGAGUUAG